AUGAGAUUUAAAAAGUUGAAAAAUCGCCAAAUAUUUAUUUUUUUCAAAAAAUAUUUUAUGACACCAGAAAAGUCUUUCGAAACAGAAAAACAUUUUCAGAACACAAACCAAGUACCAACUGAAGCCCCACCAUCAUUCGAUCCAUCACCACAUGCGCUUCUCGUCUCUGCUUCAUACGAUUUAACGAUUCGUUUGUGGCAAUUGUCGACUGGAAAAUGUAUUGGUACGAUUCCUCACAAUGAAGGACAGGUAAAUGCAUUGAGUCUCACAUCAACUGGACGUGAUUUAGCUGUUGGUGCAUGGCAGAAAGUUCGAAUUUAUGAUGUUUCAUCGGGAAAAGAUCCGAAAGCGACAAUUGAACUACCGAAAAAUGUGACAGUUGUUGGAUUUGAGGCUGCCGGUCGUUGGAUGUACACAGGAGGUGAUGACGGAGUAUGUCGUAUUUGGGAAAUGAGAAAUAAUCAAUUAGUUGCGAAUCGACUUCUCUCGUUUCCCGGAUCUACAGUAACCAGCAUCGUUCCGAACACACAUCAAACACAUUUGUUCGUUUCAACCAAUUCUGCUCAUGUCUGGGUUUGGGAUGUAGUCAAUCAUAUUUUCAUGAGACUUCCGAUGCCAGAUGAUCUGAAAAUGCAGGAAUUCGUACAAAAGCUGGCAGUUCAUCCAUCAGGAAAGAAACUAACAGGAAUUACGAAUAAAGGACGUCUUCUGUGUUGGGAUUUGAUGACGAGAGAAGUCGUCGAAUCGAGUGCAUUUGAUAUGUUUAAAUCUCCAAUUGUUCCAAUUGAACAAGACACUGGAACCUAUGGAUGUCUUCGUGAUGAGGAUAAACAUUAUAAAAUGAGAGAAGGCCAUGGUCUAUCGUGUCGUUAUAGUCCCGAUGGAAAAUAUAUUGUUGCAUCUGGAUCUGAAAAAGAAGUUUAUGUUUUUAAUUCGGAAACUAUGGAAAUCAAAGGUUCCCUGCAGACAGAGUGUGGAUGGAAUUGGGAUGCUAUUUUCUCUUCUGAAGGAAGAUACAUCUUCACUGGCGGAAACGACAAUCAGGUCAAAAUCUGGGAUGUGGAGAACAAUAAAAAGGUCGCACAAUGGGAUGGUCACAUAAAACCGCUCACCGCAAUGUGCAUGAACGGACCAACACCUCCGCCUUAGAAUAUGAAAUUUAACUUCUCACUUAUCAUCCAUCUCUACCUGUUUCAACUGCCAUGUAUCUUGCAACUUUCAUGACACAUUUUUAAAAUUAACUUUCUCAUCUAGUUCCCGAUUUCCAUAGCGUUGUAAUCAAGAAUGGACAUUUUUGUUUCAAGAAAUUUCUACUUUUGAGUAUGGGGGAACAAUUGAAUUUGACUGAUUCUACACAUAUUGUGGGCCAAUUUUCAAAAAUUUCUUACUUUUAAAUUCAAUAUUUUUGUAUUGAGAUUUUUUUGACAUUUUGAAAUUUUGAAAUUUUGAAAUGAAGUGAAUUUGAAAUAUCUUGGAAUAAAAAUGCCCACGACUGAUUCUAAUCCCCACAUUCCUGGUUGAAAAAAUCUAGUUUAGACUGAAAUUUUUUUUUCCUUAUACUUAUUCCCAAUGUUGUUGUUUAUAUUUCAAAUUUCAAAAUUUUCCUGUUAAAUACUUAGUUUCCUGUUGGAAUAUGAAAUCUUUAUUAUACCCG